AUGACUGCGAGCAGAGUAAACCACCAGACAGGGAGACAGCCGGCAAGACGGACACCAGGCAAGACCGGACACCAGGCAAGACCGGACACCAGGCAAGAUCGGACACCAGGCAAGACUGAACACCAGGCAAGACCGGACACCAGGCAAGACCGGGACACCAGGCAAGACCGGAUACCAGGCAAGACGGAUACCAAGCAAAGACCGGACACGGGGCGAGCCCAGGCCGCCAGCGAUGAGAGCCACAAGACGAGGGUGACACCGGGCACGGGUGAGCUGCAGGCGGUGAGUUUCGGUGGACCUGGGUGUUUGCGAGCAGAUAACAUUAUCGACAAGAUUCUCUUCUAUCCGGAGACAGGAGCUUUAGUUGAACUACAAGUGCAGUUACCCGUCUCGCUGUGGUAA